GUGUCUAAUCCUGGCGCGACGGAAUGACGCUUAAGAUUGAACACGAGUUAUGAGAUAAUGAUAGGUCUUCCGGUGUUUAGCGCACACCUCUUUUGUCGUCUUUCAUCAUCCAUCUUAUCAUACUAAACAUUCUUUCUCGCGACUUCUGUCCUCCGCGUGGAUGCUUCUGUGGGCUAACACACGUCGGAGCGAUAACGACCCUCGCUCGCUUCCCUGCCGGCUCUUCGCGCGCAUGUUUCAGUAAUAUAUCUUUAGCUUAAAAUCUACUGAUGCACAUUGCUUACAAAGUCGCACGUAAGCUACUUGCAGUUGAGCUGUGACGCCUGAGCGUGGGCGACUAAUGAUGGGUUCGCGCGGUUGCUUCGCGCGGAGAGAUGCACGCGGAGUGUACGUACACAUGUCCGAAGAGUGUCUCGCCUGUCACUCCGAAGAAAGUCGUUGGUUGUUCUUUUGUUGUCGUUGUUGUCGUCGUCUUUCACGCGCUCGUGCCACCACGACGACAAUGCAAAUUCCAGGCACUCGCCCUCUCAACGAGGAGAGACUCGGGGCUUGAAAUAUCACGUUGGACGAGCACGCGACCAUUUUUCUGUGAUCGCGCAGCGAGGAAAUUCUUUCGAUUAACUUUAACCGAAGAAGAAAUUUACGCCUCGGCUCUUCAGAGCUCGUCCCAAGUGUAGAAAUCAAUCCUCCGGAACAAUGGGACUUUCAAUCGUCUUUUUUUCAACCGAGUCACGUCUCUUCUCGGUCCGGAAGAGCUCGGGAAAAAAGUCACGAGAAAAACCAUCUACGCGAGCCGCCUAAAAGUAUGGAGCCGCUCUUGCAGGGGCUUUCAGCCACUUUUUUCGCUUCAUAACCGAGAUCGAUCUGCUCUUUAGGAACGCCCUGUGACGAGAUCACGGAUAACUGUGUCAAGACGUUCUGGAUAUCUCGACGUGCCAGUCUACAGGAUUGCGCAACUUGCUUGUGCUCCCGCGCUGCUGCUGCUGCUGCUGCUGCUGCUGCUGCUGCCUCCAGGCUCCCAGAAGCGAAAGAGAUAAAAGUAGAAUAACACAGAGCGCGGGAUCCACGAUGAUCCGAUUCUAAGAUCACCUUCUUGCCGUAUCGUAUACUUAGCUCUCCUCAAUUUACAAUCUCGAUUGCUCAGACUGGUCUAGAAUAUCGCGGAGGGCUUCAACGGACUGCAUUAGGACACCCUGCGGGGGCUACGUUUUCAUCGAGGUUUAUGCCGCAAUAGAACCGAGCCGGAAGCCUGGCUCCGUUGUGGAUGCCUGCGGAGGACCACCUCGGAGUGGAAAUGCUUAAAAGAUUCGAGUUUCCUCGAUUUCUGUGACGAACUAAUGGAGGAAGAUCUGCAAUAAGGCAGCGAAGCUGCCCAUAUUGUAGCACUUGACAGCAACGUAGUAACGAGUCUCCUUGAUUGGACAAAAGCAGCAAGAACCAUAAUGAGAAAAUGAAGCUAUGAAACCAGGAGCGGGCGAGAGGAUGGAGCGCGAGGCAGGCGACCGGACUAAAUUUACGACGACCGACCAAUCUCGACUUCCGGUAAGCACGAUACUUUAUGAAAGUAUAAUGACAACGAAGUAACAUUGCAGUAAGAAAAUGAAAGCUAUUCGCGGCCUAAGCCCUAGGCCAAGUGGAAGAUCGUCGUGUGGAAUGAGGCAGCGGCACAGCGGAAUAUAAAAAGAGCUCCAACCAUAGGCGCGCAGAAUUCUUUACGAUUGUUGCUCAUUUCGCGAUGAUGUUGUGGAAGGACGCAAGAACCGUGUGUUUCGGACACAAUGACAGUGCCCACGGUGGUCCCGAAGGCUCUCGAUCGCGGCGCGGCAGCGGUGGUUAGAGCAGCUGGAGCUCUCGAUAUGGCAGAGCGCGCGGUGAAGGUGGUACGCAGAGGAAGGAGGAGGCAUGAGACGUUGUGUACGGUAGGGUGGUGGGGUGUGUCAGUACAGUUGCAAAGGUGAAUUAGUGCCUGGGAGGUUACGCGCGGAGGGAAUGAGAGUGGCCCAGGCUACGCUCGAGCUAAUAUUCUCGUGGUGGGAGUAUUUCAUUCCGGUGUGCAUGCUCCGCUGCGUGGAGAGGUAGAGAGGCUGUUCUAGUAGUUCGCUCCGUGGACGGAGUACGCGCCGAGGAGUGGUAGGAGUGUACGGAGGCGUUUGUGUGUGUGUGUGUGUGUGUGUGUGUAUGCGCGAGUAUCUCCGUCUCUCGGUUCAGCUUAAUUCGACACAGCCACAGGUAGCAUAAUGGCAAUGUGGAAGUGGACGUAUUGCUCGGGACGCAUACAAUCUCCCGAGCGUUGGACGCGCUGCGGCGCGAUCUCGUUGAUGCCGCAUUCUCCAAGUCGUGCACCGAGCGGCGGGUCCAUCCGCUCCAAAGCUCGGGACCAAAGGUACCGAGUCUAAAAGCAGAGAUUGCGAGAGAAUAAGAGAGAAAGAGAAAGCCAGAGGGCUCGGGAGCGCGAGAGACAAAGCGCGAACGGGCGCGCAGAGCGAGAAGGAAAGCGGAGUAGGAGCUCCGAGAGGAAGCGGACCAGAGCAGAGGGAGGGCAGGUCGCGUGCCGCCGCGUGGUGCUACUCCCGUAAGAGGUUCGGCGAGGUGAGGCGCGCUGUACUUAUACCUUACCAACGUAUCUCUCUCACGGUUAUUCCACUAAGCAGUGGACCGUAAGCCCCGCACAGACGGAGAAAGAGUGAGCCAGGGCCCUCUCUCUCCGCCACGAUGUUCCGUCUCUCGCGCGCCCGCGAUCUGCUCCGAUGCUGUGCCGUGUGCUUCUGCUAACUCGGGCGCCCGCUCUCAUCCACGGCCACGCUACUCGGAGCGACUCACCGCGCCUCGUUCGCGGUUAUAGCAUACACCAACUCACCUCUACCUACCUACCUACCUACCUACUUUACGAAGCGUACCCUACCUACCUCUAUACCCCAACCAACCUACGGGUUCAGUCUCCCCGCCCAGUCGAAUCCUCGCACUGCCGCACCACACCGUGCCCCGAAGUGCUGUGCUUGUUCCUCCUCACUCUUCUCUUACUCUUACUUUGCUCUGUGCUUCACCGGUAACGCCACGCUUCAUACACUCUUGCCUCCUUACUCGAUCUUGUGGACUCGCCCGGUCCGCGUGUGCCGGCUUACUCGAACCUCGUCAUCAUCGCAGUUGUCAUCUCACCGCGCUCACUUCGCUCUUCACCACCACUACCACCACCACCACCACCACCAUCGCCUUAUUUUUCCUCAAAGCAAGUUUUCUUCGAACUAACGCCACUGCUGCCAAUUUCCACCUCCAUCAUCGCCGCUUCCACUACUUACUGCCCUACGCGAGAUCCUCCGACGACUACGAGCUCGAGAUUCUCACAACAAACGGAGACCGACAGAGAGAGUCACACACUAAUGCGGCGUGUCACCUCGCGAACGGACAAACGCCGCGAGGACCAGCACACCGCCCUCUUCCAAUUCAAGCCGAUCGCCAGUCAGGACCCAGCUGUCCUGUCGAAGACAUACCUUCGCGCGGCUACGGAAUACCGAAGAUUCCCGCUCACUUAACGGACUAACGGAGUUGCUGCGACGUGCGAGUCUCGCCGGUCUCUGCGGGCGAGACCGUGUUUGUUUUGCUACGAUCGUGUUUCCCAAGCGUUUCCUCCAUCGAACUAAACAACCUUCGAUUCUACUUCGGAAGUUUAAAAGCCCUCCGAGUUAAUCAAACGACUCUCACCUUCAUCCGGAUUCGGAUAAAUUUCCGUUUUUUUUCUCCUUUUCUCUUGACUGUGUGAUUCGACGUGAGACUAAGUGAGUUCAUCCAUCGACGUCUGGCUCGGAUUUAAAAAACAGUGCCCACCGCAGCCUGUUUUCAUAAACUGUGUUAAGACGCUUAAUUGCAGUGUUGCGAUCGCCCAUGAGACAAGAACACGUGGCCAGUCCGCCCCACGAGGCUGGCUAGAACACCGACCGUUACUACUGACAGCUCUCUGUGAGAACGCGCGUGUGAGCCGCUCUUUCUCUCUCCCUCGGGAAGUCGCUACACGCGUUACCGCUGCUACUACUACCGCCGCCCGCGUGCAGCCGCUCAGGAUUCCGAAGGGCUUUUACCUUCGUCCUCGCCGAUCCGCAGGCUCCGCGAUAACUCGCUACUGAAAAGUCCGGAUCGUUUUUCACGAAUGACUAAACGGUGAUAACUCAGUGAAAUGAGUGAAUAAAAGUGUUUCCUUGUGACCGGACGCAACGACAGUUUUCACUAAGUUUUUUGUUUUGUUAUCUCGUUUUCACAUUUAAUCUGGUAACGUGUACCUCGAGUGCAGGCAUUCUCAGGCUCCAACCAAGUUAAACUUAUGGAAUGACAAAGAAGGUUGUUCCGGGUACAGAGAAGCAGCAGCAGCAGCAGCAGCAGCAGCAGAAGAGGAUAAGCAAGUCUGAGAGGGCGCAACUGUCGAGGUGACGCGAGAGAGGCGGUGUGAUGAGUGGAUAUCUCGGGACUAGCACCCUGUCCCCAUCGCUCUUACACGACCCCAAGUACCCUCCAGCCAUGCGAGAGAAGGAUUCGAGCCCGAGAAAGAUGCCUGGUCACAUAAGCCCGAAGCAGGCGAGCAUUUAUCCCCUGAGCGUGAGGAUCACCGACGUCGAAGAGUUGCCUUAUGACCUUAGCCACGGGAGAGAUUCAUCGGGCCAUGCCCGGGGCGCUGAUUCGAGUCCAACGGCGUUGAUGAACCAGCAGCCUCACAUGAGUCCGGCUGCGAGACCGCCGAGGUCGCACAACGAGCAGCAGGACGACGGGGACUGCGAGCCUCUCGACCUUCGCGUCGAUCACAAGAAGGAUCAUUUGAGGGACGAGAAUCAGAAUGACAUUGAAGUACUCAAUCAAAACGGACUGGAACGUUUGCCCUAUCACACGGUAUUGUUUCCUCAGCAUCACGCUGUACAUCCUCUCGUUCUCGAGGCGAUGUACAGAUCGCAUCAUCAACCACCGGCGAUCACUGAUUUACCCAAAAUCCAGGUACGAGCCCUGCCCACAAUGGUGCCGCUGCCCUCCUCCAAUCGAUUUCCCUCGUCUUCUUCGUCCUCCGCCUCGUCCCAGCCACCGAUAAAUCAGAGAAUUUCCAGCCCCGUGACCAGCAGAGAAACGCAUCAGGGCCAACAGAGCCAGCAGCAGAAUCAACAGCAAACGCCUCACCAAACGCAGCAGGGUUCCGCUAAUUUGCCUCCGUACUCGGCCUCGAGCAUCGGAGUCUCCGGCAGCCUAAAACCCAAGGACCGUUACUCGUGUAAAUUCUGUGGCAAGGUAUUCCCUCGCUCGGCCAAUCUCACUCGACACUUAAGGACUCACACCGGUGAACAGCCGUACAAGUGCAAAUAUUGUGAAAGGUCGUUCAGUAUAUCGAGCAACCUUCAACGACACGUUAGGAAUAUUCACAACAAGGAAAAACCGUUCAAGUGCCCGCUGUGCGAGCGAUGCUUCGGACAGCAGACGAACCUCGAUCGACAUCUGAAGAAACACGACGCCGACGGGCCCACGAUACUCGACGAGGUCCGCUCCCGCUAUCACGGACAAUUGCCCAGAGCUGACGAUUCCUAUUUCGAAGAAAUCCGGAGCUUCAUGGGCAAGAUCACUUCCCAAAGGCAGGGGAUUCCUUACUUCCCUGGUUUAUUAAGCACCAGCGGCGAGGAGUACCGGAACGAUAAGCAACAGCUGCAAAUGGAAGAGAAACGCGGCGACUCCUCGUACUUUAGUGAUCGUGACAAUUUGAGCUCGAGAUCAAGCAGUAGCGCCAGCAGAGCCGAGAGCGUUCACGAGGACCAGAGAGACGCGAAUACACCGCCGUUGUCCCCCGGUAACAACACCUGAUCAUCCUCAUCGCCGACUCUUUUAUCAUCGACAUUCCAGAUAUGCUUUACUUCGAUGCGAGUCUCGUGAUUAACGGGAAUCCAAAGACACGCUGCUCCCGAGCGCGUUGGUCCGCUUACCGUCCCCCCGCGGACUCGUCUCCUCCUCUCAUUAUAUUCGAAUAAAUCGCGUUACCGAUAGACCUCGAAGAUCGUUUAUUGCGAGACCGGACGACGGGAUCAACGUUGGGAAGAGCUCGGGCCCUCUCUCGAUGCGGCAUAAGCGAGUUGUGCCACAGAAGAAAACUCCGUGACGAGCAGGCGUGUUACCACCAGUUACUAACAUCUCUCGUCGCGUUUAUCACACACAAACGUGUACAUAUUAUUUUGGGUAGACUGUUGAACGAGAAGAUAUAAUCAUAAAGGCGGUUCUCAUCUGUGAAAGGUUGAAGAGUCUCGCGCCGAGAAGAUGCAGGACGGGAACCCUACGACUAGUAACUAGUUAGACUGUAAUAGUUGGUAGUAUUUACUUUUACGAUGGCGAUAUAUACGCGUUAAGAAAGUUCGUCUCUGUGAGGCCGGGAUCGUUAAUUUCUCGGCAGCUGUCUCCCCUGUUAAUAAACAAUGGAGGACGUGGAUUGAGGGGAUAAACGAACAUGAGAAAACGAAUGACUUUUCAAAGUCGAUGCAAAUCCGAGUGAGUUUUGACGACUCGAAAAGAAAAUUCGAGUCUUUUUGUCCUCCUGGUUUUUGGGUGUGCUGGGCCGCUGAUCGCCAUUCGUCCGAGCGGUUAUCGAGUGUCGAAUUUCGAGAGCCUCGCUCAAUUUAUGAUGUAUAAUUAGCUGAAAGUGGAAGGUCUGAGGAAGCAGCCUGGUUAGGAAGGAGGGGGGGGAAGGGAGGCUCAUUUUCCCGUUACCAGAGGCGCGCAUCGAAACCUACAAUUAUCCGCGUUUUUCCUCCUGCUGUUACGCGACGAGUUUAAUCGUUCUCGCGCGCCCGGACUCCCUUUUUCCUGACGACUCGGACGACCGCAGGCAGGAACCCGUUCACGGCACUUACCAAGAAUAAUCUUUCACUCGCUGCGAGGAAAAAUCAAGAGUGAACCCAUUCGUUCCGGCGAAAAGUGUAGGUAGAGAUAUGGGCGAGUGCUGCUGCUGCUGCUGCGUGUUACUCAUCUGGUGGUUUUACGAGGUAGAAAGUGAAUUUAAAGAGCAAACCGCAACGGGAGCAGCCGUCGCGAUCGCGUUGUCGUUGCGCCCGUUUUAUCACAGGCGUGUUCAUCCGUUGGCGAUCGGUCAUUCGCGAGCGAGAACUGCUGCUGCGCGAGUCCGUGACGAGUUUUCACGACGCUCGGAUCGCUCGAAAAACUGGACGCGCUCACGGGGAUUAGAAAUCAUCGCGUCUUUCGUUGACUUUUGUACCGAGCAACGAUCCUCCCGGUGGCCACUAAAAACCAGUCGUACGUCCGAAAGCUUGUUAAACCUUAAGCAACAAAUGUACACACACACACACACACACACACACACACACACACACACACUCAUGAGAUCGGCAGUCGAGAAAAGAAAGAACGUGCGCAGUUUCGUUGUCGUGAUUCGAGAUGCAAUCGUGGGAAGAGGCGGAGGCUGCUGUUGCGCCGCAAUCUCGGGUCAGGGUAAAAUGCUAUACGUUCCCCAUAAGCAUCUUAUGUACCAUACGUACAUGCUUUAUAUACGGUAUACUCUCUCGUGCACAUCGCGGGGAGAGAAAUGGUAACGGAAUUCGAGAUGGUGAACGCAGCCAGCAUCCGAACCUACUCGUGUGCACGAACAUGGCAAUCGUCCAUUUCCUCUCUCGCUCCCCCCUCCCCGGCCUGCAUAAGUGCGUUCUUAAAUGCGACUCCGGCGCACAAACUCCCGCUCCUUCGUAACACAGCAACGAUUUCAUCGGGAAACGUAUAUCUGUACCAGGGCAGGACGCCUUGUCCGAUGGACUCUCGCCGUCUCUUCCUCCCUCUUUUUCUCUCUCUCUUUCUUUCCGUCUCUGCUCUGUUGCGAUGUCCCUGACCUUUGACCCGAGAUCCCAAUACCAGGAUUCCCUAAAUUGCGACACCUCGGGAUGCUCGAGCGUCUGGAUCGUUGGAGAAAAAAAAGAUUUUUUGGAGUCGAAAAAGGGGAUAAAAGAAUCGAGUAUCGGAGCAGGUUCAAUCGAUCCCGAAAAAUGGUUUUUUUAAUUAAUCAUUCGUGUUUCGUUUAUGUUAGAGCACGAUCUCGUUGAAGUUUCUUAAGGAGACGGAGCCGAAACUGCUGGCUAUCGGUGAUUAUUCCCAAGCACCAAUAUUCGUCCCGAUCGUUUCUCCCUGCCUGGGAAUAGCGCUAAUAACUCGCGCGUAUAUGAUACUAAGAGGAUAGUUACCUGUACAAAUAUAUCGAGGUUGGGCGAGGUGUGACCGAGCAAUCGAGCGAUCUUUCGUUUUUUUUCUCGCCGACGUACACGCUGAUGAUUUACUCUCUUUCUCUCAUUCCCUGCAUCUCGCGUUCCGUCUCUCUUCCGCAGCAGCGUCUGACUCGGCAUGUCUCCGUCCCUCUCGCUCGCCCACGACGUAUACCUUCGGCUUUGCACAUAUCCGCGUGCGCAUUCGUGGCCCGCGGCCUCGGUGGACUCUUGCGUUACAGUUUUUGCCACGCCCCGCGCGAUAUCCGCCGGAGAGCUCAUCUCGCGAAAGUGAAACGCACUAAAGGAGCCGCGCUCUGUGUCCGCGUCUUCGGAUCUGUACACAGCCGCGUGUCUACACGCGCACACACACACACACAAUCUACGAACGUUCGUGUGUGUCGCGAGGGAGAGUCAUUCGGCGCUGAGGCCAUCCGGCGUCUCUCUCGACCUCACUUCGAGAAAAGCAGCGCGAGAUAACGAUCGAUCUCGACGAUGAUUAUGCUCACGUGGUACAAAUUCUUUCAGUCCUUGUACUUUUUCUUCAAACUCAAGUUAGCUUGAGCCGCUCUAGCGUGCAGCCCGAGAAGUGCGUUCGAGUCGCUUCCUGCAAGCGGCUCUUUUCCGUUGCUUUUUUCAACAAAUUUCAAAGCUCCAAGAACGUAUUGAAGCUUUCGAUUCGGCACGAAAACCUUCCAGACUUCAAAACUCACUCUCAACUUCGUUUUCUCAUCUUCCUCUGCUCACUGUCCCCGAGACUUCUUCAGCAAUAAAAUCGCAAGCUGCACGUACCUAAACACGCAAACAUACGUUACCUAAUGAAUAUUAUUAAACGCGGAUCAAUCCGCGGCCUCUCUAUAGACUUUUAUUCACGAUCGUGUGUAAAUAUGCGACGGCAUAAUCAUGAGAUAUCAACCUAAUAGUAAUAUAUUAAUUAUGUAAAUGAAAUAUAUGAAUUCAUACGUAUGCAUAUAGCUAUACAAAUAUUAUAUUCAAAGAGAAUGAUGACACAUCGUAUAUCACGGUUUAACGUUAAGACGAAUCGAGAUUAAAGAUUCGAGAUAAUAUAUAUGUAGAAGAAAAUGUAUUUACCUAGACGAUAGACUUCGUAUCGAGGCUCAAUUUAGUUAGUUAAUUGAUAUUAUGACAUUUGCGCGUGGGUGAUUUAUAAUCGAAGCCAACGAAUUAUCAUUUAUCACGAAAUAACAUUUUCUCAAUCUUUGUAUCAAAUCCUCCCAAUUUAUCAUCCAAUCGAUCAAUGAAAAAUCCGUUAACUGAGCGAUCAGUCAAGAGAAUUGAAAAAAGAGUCAAUAAUUCGAAUCUAAUGCAUUUGUCAAGUGACCGAAUCGCGCGUUUCAUCGCGACAUUUUUCUUCACGCUAUUUUUCUACCUUGUACAUAAAACUUGAAUCCCUUUUACCCUUGCCGAGUCACAUAUGACGAGUUUCGGGUGAACAAACGUCGGUCGAAUUAUGCGAAUGUAUGCGCAUGGGUACACUGAUGCCUUUAUGCAUGACACUCCACCGCGACGUUGCUCAACGUUAAUUGGCCCGAGCUCAUUUCACAAGAAUACAGAGUGGAAGCGAGCACGCACACACGCCUUGUUAAGCCUCGUUUCAAGCUCUAGGGCCGAUCGGUGUUCGUUCCUUCUAUCGCUGCCAUUGAUUAUAGACGAAUCUGAUGACGCGUUAAGCGAUUACAACACAUUUCAUGAUCACCUUUAUCACGACCAUUCGUUGAAUUCACUUUUUUAUAACUGUCGAGAGUCUGCUCGUUUGAAAAAACAAAUAAAAAAGAAAAACUAAAGAUUGAAAGAACAAGUGCUGGCCCCUUAAGAGAUCGAAGCAGUUGCACCUUUUCGUAGUUCGUUUCGAUCGAAUGCUCAUCGAUCACCGAAAGUAACCCACCGAAAGAACAUAUAUAUUUUUUUUUUUUCGUUUUCUUUAUUCGUUUGUUUUCUUUUUUUUUCACCAAGAAGACCAAAAAAUUUGCAGGCAAAUUUAGUCGCAAUCGAAUGGAAUGAACUCGGUGAAUUUUCGAUCCGAACUACCGAGUCGUUGAAAGCUUUUCGAAAUCGUCGGUUUCCAUCGCUAAAACGAAUGUAAAAAUAAACAGAAAUAUAUCUUCGUUGAUGCAGCUAAAGACAAAAGCGUCUUGGUUCAAAUCGUCCCCGACACCUGGCCGUUAUUUUAUUUUUAUAAAAAUACCUACUAGCUCGCUGUUAAGUGACGAAGGAGUGCGAGAUACAUUGUUACAUGUUUUGUAAUACGAUUGUGAUUUCAUUGAGGUUACCGAUUUAUACGUAAUUCAUUGUAUUAAAUAAACGAAAAUGAAAUGAGGAAAAAACAACAACACAGCGGAAAAACUCGAUCUGAAAAACUCGAGUUUCAUUCGUGCUUAGAAAUAAGGUCAAAAGUUUUAAGCUUCACCGGUCCUUUUCGAAUGUUAAAUAAAUAUGAAAAAAUACCCAUUGGCACGCCCCAUCGAUUUUCUCACCGGUGAAGCCUCACGAGAGACAAGAGAUUCUCAAUUUCCUACAAGAUCGUCCAUCACUUGAGUGCACCAUUGAAAAUAAGCACAGAAAAACGUCUCACUUUCUAAUAAUCUCGCACCAAUUGGGAAUCUCUCGACUGUCGUUAAUUUCACGUAAAUUUAUCAUUAGUCACAUGUCUCGUAGCUUAUUAGUGGUGACUGUAUAUAUGUCGAUAUGUAACAUUCGAUAGUUAUUACAUGAAAAAUAUUCUUA